AAAAAGCAAUGCGACGACGCGAGCUUUUUAUUUUGAUUCCGCUGAUUCUUUUGUCGGUGAACCGAAUCCAAGCAACCACCGUCGUCGGUCAAGUGCAACAGAAUCCGCUUCCCGGUUGCCCGGCAGCAGGUGAGUCAGAGCUGUUUAACUUGAACGGAGAAUUGUACUGUGCCGAAUCACCCACGAAGAUGGCUAGCAAAUUAUUUUCCUGUGCUUUUGAAGUGUUUGGAAUUGUGCAAGGGGUUUUCUUUCGAAAGCACACCCAAAAACAGGCAAUUACUUUGGGCCUCCACGGUUGGUGCAUGAAUACUCGGGAUGGGACUGUGAAGGGUGUGAUGGAAGGUGAUGAACGGAAUAUCAAUGAAAUGAAGCAUUGGUUGCAGACCAAGGGAAGUCCCAGCAGUCGCAUUGAUAAAGUUGUUUUCGGCGAAAUGGGCGAAAUUCCAAAGUACACUUUCAACGAUUUUGGAAUCAGACGUUAAUUGUUGACAUACGAAUAUUUGCAGCUAUUUAUUUAUAUUUAAUAUAUUUCUUCCACGACGUCA